GCGCGGGGAGCGGUAGGACCCGGCUGGCCCAAGGGCGCCCUGGCCUCCGGCCCGCGAUAGAGGCCAAGAAGUUUGGCUGCUAGGGGCUCAGCGCCCCGGGGUCGCCGGGGUCGCCGGGGCCGCAGUGAAGGCGGCGGGGAGAGCAGAGCCAUGGGGGCGAGCGCGGAGGCGGCGAGGCGCGCAGCUAGCUUCUGGAGCAGCACGGCCCUGGCGGCGCAAAGUUAGCCCGGCGCCCCGGGACGAGCGCCGCAGCCUGUGCCAUGGGCGAGCACCCCAGCCCCGGCCCCGCAGUGGCCGCCUGCGCCGAAGCGGAGCGCAUCGAGGAGCUGGAGCCCGAGGCCGAGGAGCGACUACCCGCCGCGCCAGAAGACCACUGGAAAGUCCUGUUUGAAAAGUUUGACCCUGGGAGCACUGGCUACAUCAGCACAGGAAAGUUCCGGAGCCUCCUGGAGAGCCACAGCUCUAAACUGGACCCACACAAGAAGGAGGUGCUCCUGGCUCUCGCAGACAGCCAUGCAGAUGGGCAGAUCUGCUACCAGGACUUUGUCAACCUGAUGAGCAACAAACGUUCCAACAGCUUCCGGCAGGCCAUCCUUCAGGGAAACCGCAGACUGAGCAGCAAGGCCCUGCUGGAGGAGAAGGGGCUGAGCCUCUCGCAGCGGCUCAUCCGCCACGUGGCCUACGAGACUCUGCCCCGGGAGAUUGACCGCAAGUGGUACUAUGACAGCUACACCUGCUGCCCUCCGCCCUGGUUCAUGAUCACAAUCACGCUGCUGGAGGUUGCCCUUUUCCUGUACAACGGGGUCCUACUGGAUCAGUUUGUGCUGCAGGUGACGCAUCCUCGGUACCUGAAGAACUCUCUGGUUUACCACCCGCAGCUCCGUGCACAGGCUUGGCGCUAUGUGACAUAUAUCUUCAUGCAUGCAGGGGUGGAACAGCUGGGACUCAAUGUGGCGCUGCAGCUGCUGGUAGGGGUACCCCUGGAGAUGGUGCAUGGAGCCACCCGAAUUGGGCUUGUCUACGUGGCUGGUGUUGUGGCAGGCUCCUUGGCGGUGUCUGUGGCUGACAUGACUGCACCUGUUGUGGGCUCUUCCGGAGGGGUGUAUGCGCUCGUCUCUGCCCACCUCGCCAACAUUGUCAUGAACUGGUCAGGCAUGAAGUGCCAGUUCAAGCUGCUGCGGAUGGCUGUGGCCUUGAUCUGUAUGAGUAUGGAGUUCGGGAGGGCUGUGUGGCUCCGUUUCCAUCCAUCGGCUUAUCCCCCGUGCCCUCACCCAAGCUUUGUGGCACACUUGGGUGGUGUGGCCGUGGGCAUCACCCUGGGCGUGGUGGUUCUCAGAAACUAUGAACAGAGGCUGCAGGACCAGUCGCUGUGGUGGAUCUUUGUGACCAUGUACACCAUCUUCGUGCUGUUUGCUGUCUUCUGGAACAUCUUUGCCUACACACUGCUGGACUUGAAGCUGCCACCACCCCCCUAAGGGACCAGAGGACCAAGGCAGGGAGGGGAAACAGAAGCAUCCAGAGGAAGCAUCCUGCAUCUGCUUCUCAUCUCCAAUUCAGUGAGAGCAGGGAGAACCGGAGACUCUUGGAGCUGGGGAGCGUGUGUUGGUUUGGAAGGAUGCUGGGCAGAUAGAUGUGGCUGGUCUGAUGAUAUGGGCUUGGGGUAAGGUCUGAGACAGGGUGAGAGUGGCUGUCCCUGUGGCUUGGGCCUGUCCCUUGUGCUCCCCUCUCACUGCCACCGAGUGAGCAAAUAGCCCUUUUCUCUAGUUGUCCAUCUGGAGAGACACUGAGACACAAAGAAGUCUGAGAGUAGCCACAGCCAGGUUUUCCCCAGCCCAGAGGUGACUGCAGGCUAGGCCAUGUUCUCUGCCGCUCAAGGUCUGGUGCUCUAACAAUGGAUAUGAUGACUUUGAUGUGGGGGAGCCCAGAUCGCCCCAGGCUUGGGUCCUGUCAAUGGGUGCUAUGGCAUUGCCCCUAGGGCUGGGCAGGGAGAUGCUAUAAGCUCCAGGCCUUAUUCUUGCCCUAGGGGAGGGCCCUGUGCCUGGGGCAAUGGCCUUCAUCCCAGGUUCCCUCAGGAAAGUCCCAGGACCAGUUUUCCUUUUCCUGCCUGUAGUCAUGAGUCACACCAUUGCUCUGCUUCCAUGACCUAUCUGGACUUUCCUUUCUACUGCUCUGAUCCUACUUUGUGCCUCCCUCUUUGGGUGUGGAGACAGGGUUCUGGGUUGUGUGUGUGCAAUGGCAGACAAGUCAGAAGCUGCAGAGGAAGGAAUUGGGAGACAGUGUUGUACACGUGGGGAUGUCUAUAGGGGAUUUCUGAAAUGGGUAGCAGCUGUGUGCUCUCGAGCGCUCACUCAGUGACCUUGCUUUUAGCAUCAUGCACCCCUCUUUCUCAUCUGGCCCUCCCAGAUACCUGCUGAGCACCACUGACCAGCGGAAAAAUUGUCCAAGCUAGAGGGAAGACCAAAGCCCUACCAGGACCUUUGGGAGGAAACUCUCAGCUGUGUUCUGGUUCCGGAACUUUCAUGUCUGUACUGCCUGCUGUGGAGGAGAGUCUUUGGGAUGAAAGCCCAGGACAGUGAUACUGUGGCCAUCUCCCCAUGAGAAUUGGUGGGACUAGAAGCUGUCAUAAAAUAUAUUUUGGUGAAAAACUUAGCCUUAGGGAAUAGCUGGGGGAGCUUGGUGAGGGUCCAGAGUGAGAGGAGCUGUAGGCUUAGAUGGCUCCAUCUAGAGGGGACUUGGAAGUAAUCCUCCAGGGAGACUGAGAUUGAGGGAGUGUCCCAGCAGCCUGGGGUGCCAAGUCUGGUGUUAGGCAAGGUAACUGUAGACUUAGAGCCCAGGGCCUCUGCUCCUCUGAGACUGUCUACUCAGUCUGGCACUAGGAGCUUCUGGGAACCCUAAGUGGAGGCUGUGAGGCAGAUGACCUUUAUGUUGCCUUUGGGAUUAUCAGGCCCUGCGAGCCCAGGAUGAGGAACCAUGGGUCUGAGACGGGAGGAUCAGAGCACGCAGGAGCAAGGCAGGAGAAUGAGAAUGGCUCCUGGUCCUCUCCAUCUCAACAACCCUUCCCAGCUGGUCUCCAUUCUCCUGAGGUCCUCAGCCUCUCCAAUGUGGCCACCCGCCAAGGCUGGGAUUCACUCCUCAUGCUAGUGGCUGUAGGUUGGCCUCAAAGGCUGGGGAAUCCCCCCAAACAGCAGCUGUGUAGACUAGCUUGCUUUUAAAGGAGAGAGGAAUCAUGGAAACCAGAGAAGGGAAAACAGGCCUUCAAAAAAGAGGAAUUUCUCUUUAAUGACACCAUUCAUCACUUGAUCUUUUUUUUAAUUAGGAGAAGCUCCCUAACGGGGCUCUUGUGAGUCUCCAUUCCGCAAGAACCAUUCUUGCCUAGAGCAUUAGUGGAGGCAUCACUCACCAAACCCAGAUCUUCCUCUAGUGUCCAAUUCAGUUUGCAGAUAAUGAGGAUUACCCAGUGCUGUGUGCUUUCGAGAGCUGGCUGCAAAUCGUUGACUCUCCUCUGCCUUAAAAACAGUGCCCAUCAGUGAGCUGCCCCUCCCAGGACUAAGUGAAAAAAAACACUAGCCGCAACGUUGGUUUCUAAAUAUUUUUGUAUUGUGUACAUUCUGUAUAUUUUUGUUGUAACAUAUUAUUUGAGCACAGAUUCCAUUAAAGAUUUUUUUUUAAGCUAUUGGUU